GGCCACAGUGAGUACAUGCCCUAAAUAGACACAUGCUAUGUCAUAGGUGGAGCUCUAUGAUGAGAGAUAGAACCGUAUUAUUAAAUUUCUGUCGUCCAACCAAAUGACCCUGAGGCUGACACUCGCAUUCAUACUGUAGCUAAUCCAUAAGUCCAAUUCUGUGUUUAUUUUUAUAUACAUUGUUACCAGAAAAAGAUGAGGACUAAUGAACUAAUAGGAUUAGGAGCAAAAUGAGCAUUUUAUAACGUGGGCUGUGUAAGCCAAAGAGAGGGAGGAGAGUUUGCACUAUAAAGGCGGAUAAGACGAUCUGGGAAACACACUAGCAAACGUGCAACAAUCAAGAACAAAGCAGAGGACACCCUCAGGAACUUGGACACAGAAAGCAUCAACUGACUUUCCAUAGCCAUGGCAAAGGUUUAUAAGAAGACUAGUGGCAAUGGUUCGCUUUGCCUUUAUUUGGGGAGAAGAGACUUUGUGGACCAUGUGGAAAAGGUUGAUUCAAUUGAUGGGGUGCUCAAGAUUGAUCCUUCAGAUCUUAAUGGAAGGAAAGUGUGGGUACAGCUUGCAUGUGCCUUCCGCUAUGGAAGAGAGGAUCUGGAUGUGAUUGGAGUUUCCUUCAGGAAAGACAUCUGGAUGAAGCGCAUUCAGAUGUAUCCCUUUGAGGGAACCAAGCCCCCAAAUACACCAAUGCAGGAAGCACUUUUGAAGAAAGCUGGAGAUCAAGGACAUCCUUUCACUUUUGAUAUUCCAGUACGUCUUCCAUGCUCAGUGUCCCUUCAGCCAGCAACAGAGGAUGCUGGGAAGCCUUGCGGGGUUGACUAUGAAAUCAAAGCCUAUAUUGCACAUGAAGCAGGCGACAUAGAUGAGAAAGUUGAAAAGAAGGACACUUGCCGUUUGAUCAUCCGCAAAAUCCAGUAUGCACCAAAUGAGCUAGCAGCCGGACCCAAAACCGAUAUCAACAAACAGUUCAUCACGGCAGACAAACCAAUUCACAUGGAAGCCUCCAUGGAGAAGGAGCUGUACUAUCACGGCGAUCCUAUUCCUAUCAAAGUCAAAGUGAACAAUGAAACCAGUAAAGUAGUGAAGAAAAUCAAAAUCAGUAUUGACCAAAUUACAGAUGUACUGCUUUACUCAGCGGAUAAAUACAACAAAUGUGUCCUGAGUGAAGAAUUUGGGGACCAAAUUAAUGCAAACUCCACCUUUGAGAAGGAAUACAGAGUCACUCCUCUGCUGGCCAAUAACAAAGAGAAACGUGGUCUUGCACUGGAUGGCAAACUGAAAGAUGAAGAUACCAACUUGGCUUCUUCAACAAUUCUGCAACCUGACAUGGAUAAGCAAAUACAAGGCAUCAUUGUCUCCUACAAAAUUAAGGUUACUCUUGUAAUGGGAGGAGGUCUCUUGGGAAGCCUCACAUUAAGUGAUAUUACAGCUGAACUCCCUCUGGUUCUAAUGUCACCCAAACCAGCAGGACUGACAUCAACCUCGAAUAGAUUCUACAGCCAGUGACGGUGAGGAACUAGUCAGGAGGAGAGACACUCAGGAAUAGAUGCAGAUACCAAACAACUUAAUUUCAUGAGCCAUAGACCAUAAUUGUUUCAAAUACCUGUGUAAAAGGAAUUCGCUUUAUAAUGUUGAAUGUGGGCUAAAGGCCUUGUAUACUAAGAUAAACUCAAUGACAAUGAAAUCAAGCAUUGGUCUGAUGCUUUUAAAUUGUCAUGUUUAUUUUCUCUGCCUUUAUCAUGGGAACUCAGUGUAAUAGUGUUUUAGUUUCUUUUUGUAAGUGAUUAGUGUUAUAAAGUAUCAGAGAGUAACAUGUACUUUAAUUAUAUUAUUAUAAUUGUAUAUUUUAAUUUAUUUUUGUUGUUGUUUGUUUUGUUUUUCUGGCUGUGGUGAUGAUGGAAAUUAAUAAACGUUGGACUGUUAUUUGGACCACU